UUUCCUUGCACCAAUGACACCAGCCAGUUGACAUUAAGAAUAAGCAAAAUGAAGUUGCUUUUCCUAUCUGCGAUUGCAAUCAUUGCUAGCAUCGGCUGUGAAGCAUCGGCUUGUCGUAACAGCAGACCAAUAAUUGGCAUCCUGGCACAACCACUUACAAACAAAAACAUACUGAAAAAGUUCCCAUUUACACAAGGAAAAUCGCACAUGCAUGCAAGCUAUGUAAAAUGGCUCGAGUCCGGUGGUGCUCGUGUGGUACCAAUCAAAGAUGGAAUGGAUAAAAAGGCGCUAAACAAGCUCUUGGCGUCAAUUAAUGGAGUCGUGUUUCCGGGUGGGAUAUCCAACCUUGGAACAUCAAAAUACGCCAAGACUGGCCGCGACAUUUUUGAAUAUGCAAUCGAAGCAAAAAACUUUCCAAUAAUGGGAAUAUGUCUCGGUUUUCAGUUGCUAAUAAAACUGACGUCUCAGAGGAAUUUGCUUCAAAGGACAUACGCGAAAAGAAUAUCAAUGAAAAUGAAAACCACUCCGCAUUUUAGAAAAAGCCGAAUGUUUUCAGGUUUGAGUUCCAGCCUGAAAAGACUUGUCACUCAGGAAAGACUUGCUUACAAGCACAACUGGGGUAUAUAUCCAAGAGUCUUCAACAAAAAUCGACGCCUAAGGACAUUUUACAAUAUACUAACGACAAGCAAGGACACAAGGGGUGUGGAAUUUGUAGCAGCAAUGGAAGCAAAGAGAUAUCCUAUUUUUGGUGUACAGUGGCACCCCGAGAAGAUCAGCUAUGAGUGGCACCCAAUAUUGAAAAUAAACCGAUCGCCAGAAGCAAUUCAGUUGGCACAGUUCAUGACAAAUGCGUUUGUCAAAGAAGCAAUGAAAAAUUGCAAUCGGUUCGCGUCAAAAGUUGAAGAGAAACGCACCCUGAUCUACUCACAUUAUCCUUUAUACACUGGAGAAGUGAGUACGGUGGAACAGACCUACGUUUUUGAAUGAAGCAAGGGAACAAGA